AUGCAGAACUAUCUGGUCCUAGCUGGACUUGCUUUACAAGCAUCAGCCACGUGGACUGCAUAUGAAGAAUAUCGGUCGACUCUGCCAAAUUCAAUCAGCAGACAUCCAAGCUCGAGACCAAGCAUAACUUUCUCGCCGAUUGGCUCAUGGAAGACAUUCCCAGCUUCAUCGCCUCGCAAAAAGACUUGCUACGUCCAGUCUCAUAAUGACUUCAAGACCGACGACUCGGAGUACAUCCUUUCUGCAAUCCAAGACUGCAAUAAUGGCGGACAUGUCGUCUUCCCACAAGGCCAGACCUACGUGAUCGGAAAGGCGUUGGACCUCACCUUCCUCGAUUGCAUUGAUCUGGACAUCCAAGCAUACAUCCAAUUCACAAACGACACCGAUUACUGGCAAGCCCACGCUUUCAAGCAAACGUUCCAAAACGCCACAACAUUCUUCCAGCUGGGUGGUAACGAUGUCAAUGUCUACGGCGGAGGUCUGCUCGAUGGAAAUGGACAGGUUUGGUACGACCUCUACGCCUCAGACGCACUGAUCUUGAGACCCAUCCUCUUCGGAACAAUUGGUCUCCAUACUGGCAGCAUAUCGAAUCUCCGGCUGAGGUAUUCGCCGCAAUGGUAUAAUCUCGUGGCGAAUAGUAGCGAUGUGGUCUUUGACAGGAUCGAUAUUACUGGGUAUAGUGCAAGCAAGAACGUGGCUAAGAACACCGAUGGCUGGGAUACUUACCGAAGUGAGAACGUGGUGAUUCAGAACUCGAUCAUCAAUAAUGGUGAUGAUUGCGUAUCUUUCAAGCCGAAUAGCACCGAGAUUCUCGUUCAAAAUCUGCACUGCAAUGGUAGCCAUGGGAUCAGUGUUGGCAGUCUUGGUCAAUAUGUUGGAGAGGUCGACAUCGUGGAGAAUGUCUAUGUCUACAACAUCUCCAUGUACAACGCGUCGGACGGCGCUCGGAUCAAGGUCUGGCCAGGCUCUGCAUCAGCACUGUCCGAAGACCUUCAAGGUGGUGGCGGCACCGGACGCGUUUCGAACAUCGCAUAUCAAGAUAUGCUGAUCGACAAUGUCGAUUAUGCGGUCGAAGUGACGCAGUGUUAUGGACAGAAAAAUCUGACGCUUUGCAAUGAGUUCCCUUCGAAAUUGACGAUUGACGGAAUCACGAUCAAGAAUCUUCACGGCUCGACUAGCAGCAAGUAUUCGCCGAUUUCGGGAUAUGUGGUUUGCUCGAGUCCGGAUGUCUGUGGCAAUAUCGAGUUGAAUGAGAUCCAUGUUGUGAGUCCGAAUGGCACUGCCAAUCUCUUCACUUGCGGCAACGUUGAUGAGAGUCUUCUCCAUGGGAUUAACUGUACCAGUGCAAAAUGA